AUGAAAUUGCAAUCAGGUGGCACACUUUACAAUACCAGCUAUGCCAUCCGAACCCCAACAUACGACGGACCCAUAAACGACGUAACAACUGAAUACGUCGCCUGCAAUGGUGGACCAAAUCCUACCACUCCCUCCUCAAAUAUCAUAAAUGUCGUUGCCGGUAGCACUGUAAACGCCAUCUGGCGCCACACUCUCGAUAGCACUCCUGCAAACGACGCAACAUAUGUUCUCGACCCAUCUCAUCUCGGUCCCGUCAUGGCCUACAUGAAAAAAGUAGACGACGCAACCACCGACGUUGGCUACGGACCCGGCUGGUUCAAAAUCUCCGAGCAAGGACUCAACGUAGCCACACAAAAAUGGGCAACAACAGAUCUCAUAAACAAUGCAGGCGUACAGCCUAUCACAAUACCAAGCUGCAUAGCCAACGGACAAUAUCUCCUACGAGCAGAAUUGAUCGCGCUUCACUCAGCAGGAGGCAGUCUCGGUGCACAAUUAUACAUGGAAUGCGCACAAAUCAACGUAUCAGGCGGCACCGGAACCGCAACUCCAAGCACCGUGUCCUUUCCCGGCGCAUACGGACAGAGCGAUCCCGGAAUCCUGAUUAACAUCUAUCAAACGCUCACCACGUAUACGAUUCCGGGCCCUACGCCAUUUGUCUGUGGUGCUGCGCAGAGCACUGCGAAGAGUUCGUCGACUUCUGCUGCUGCUUCGACUGCGAAACCUACGUCGUCGUCGACGCUGAGUACGAGCACGAUUACCAAGACGAGUAGUGGUGCGACGGCGACGGGGACCAGGACCGCGGCGGCUUAUGCCCAGUGUGGGGGGCAGGGGUGGACGGGUGCGACGGCUUGUACGAGUGGGAGUAAGUGUGUUGUUAGUAGUGUUUAUUAUAGUCAAUGUUUGCCGUCGUGA